UUCCUUCUUAAUUCCAUAUUUCCCGACGAUUUUCAAUGAGAAUGGGAGUUAACCAUGGAUAAGUUAAUUAAGUGGCGUUUUAGAGAACAUUUGAACCAUGCGACACUUAGAUAAUUCCAGUGAGAUUGUCUUCGCAGAUGCAAUCAUAACCGGGCCGAUAUCAUAAGAUUUUGUGAUCGGUGCUUCAGAUGGCGUUUCGUGGAUAACCAAGAGGUGCAGAACUGAAAGGUGGACUGUGCUUGUUCAUUCUUCUGUUUAUGGAUAAAGUUUGUCCAUUCAACCCAAAAUUCAUUCACGCCAAUAUACCGCAAAACUUACACUGCAGACCUUGACGCACGUGAUUUAAUUCAUAUGGGUCGGCUCGAUUGAGCCUUGGGUAAUUUUAAUCAAUUAAACCUUUAAUGUAAUAGGCGUACACGGUUUUACAAAUGAAGUUGCAAUGCUUGCGUGUAAAACGUAUUGCUUUUUUUAAUUGCAAUCUCCAAUUAAGUGCUUUAUUUUUGGUGUUUUUAGUGGGUGCCUCACACCUCUCAGAUCUUGGUUCAAAACUUUACCUCUGUGUGUGUGGAAAUUGCAUGUCCUCUUCUGGCCAUGUGGGGAUGCCUCCAUGUACUGCAGCCCCCCAUAGAAUAUGCUAAGCUGAAUCAGAGUCGCUCGAUAUUUGUGUGCAAUAUUCCUUGCCUGUAGCUUCUCGGAUAGGCUCUGUGACCCUGUGUCACACAAGCAAGUGUAGAGAAUGGAUGGAUGUUUCAUUUUUAGCUUUUUAAGGCAUUAACCUGAUUAAGUGCAUCAAUGCCAUUUUCCUUUAGCAGCCUGAAAACGAUAGAAAAUUAUAAUCAAUAGUCUUUCUGUAAAGCACAUUGAUUUGACGGCUUAUGAAACAAUAAUUUCUCCUUUCCCCAAGAAUCUUAUGCUUACUUUUGAUUACUUUUAAAUAAAGAGUUUAAGUUGCAGAUAAAAUAUAGGCUUCAUCCAUAGUUUCAUACUGGCUUAUCAGCCAAAUUCAGACAGUUUCCCAUACUUAUGUUUUCAUAUACAACAUUUAUUUUCAUUGAAUUGUCCAUUUGAGUUGUCUGACUAUGAACUAUAUCGCUUUUGUUGCACCUCUAUGUGUCUGUCACAGUCCCUCAACCUUCCCAAAAUCACUGAGGUCAAACCCAGCCCUAGUGUGAUGUUUGUCAUUGACACAAGUCCAGACAAGACGGAGAGAAACAAGAACAUUUUGGAUCAACGUUAUUCAGGAAGAUAAUUUGUUUUUUCCUUCAAACUGUGAGAAGACCUUAUUGUUUCCGGAGGGGUCGAUGUUCAUUGUUUGUCUGACAUAUUUCUGUUUCGUUUGAGUGAAAGCCGUAAGAAGAUGUGUGUUAGCGUAGAUAUAAAAGCCGUCCCUUCAAAGCAAAUGUGACAGGAUUUUAAUCAUAAAGUUAUUUUUAAAGGGUUUAUUAGGCAGUUGUGAUGGGUUGUUAUCAUAUUGGUCAGAUAUUUGGUCGAAAAAAGGAUAUUGCAAAAAGAUUUCUUUGAAACAAAAUAAAAUAAUAAUAAAAAACACACACUUUAAUGUAAACACCUAGAUCAGAGGUAGCCCAUCCUGGACCAGAGUAAAAAAUAGUGGUGUUUGCUUAAACUAAUUAAUGAAUGACGUAAAGCAAUUAUGUAUAUAAUCAUUCGUAUCUAAUAUUGUAUCCUUUGUGUAUCUAAUUAUGAGUUGGUUAUGUUUCAGCCAAAGAGGGAACAAGAAAGACCUGGAAUUUAAGUUGUGUUCUGGGUGAGAAUUUUCUGCUGCUUCCCUGACAGUAUGACCCAUCCGUCUUGGAUUCUGGGAAUUUUCCUUGUUUAUGUAGCGACAGUACAUGUCCACAUAAAUUCACCUCCGGAUCCCCCCUGUGGAGGUGAGCCCCUCUGUAAAGCCCUCUGCACCCUGAGAAAUUACCUCAAUUUCACCAGCCGGAGGACAUUCAUGAACUACAAUUUCCCGAUUAACUACACCAUCAGAGUGCAUUAUGAGGAAAUCCUCCGAUUUAACAACAUCAGCCAGCUGAAGUUCAGUCUACCUGAUCUACAGGAAGUGGACCUCCAAGAGCUUUGGCUUGAAGUAAAUAUGGAGGUUCUAAAGAAGGUUCUGAAGGUGCUGCCCCAGAAACACCCAUCAUACAAGUAUACAUCUGAACUGGAGGAGCUUUUCAGGAAAGUGCAGCAAGUCAGCAACUUUCAGGAGAAGGAACUUCCAGACCAAAUACAGGAGUUGUUGGACAAUAUGAAGGACCCUAACACCAAAAUGUGGAAGUCAGUGAAGCCAAAGGCCCUAAUGGACAACUGCUACCGCACCAUGCACUGCCUCUUCCCACAUUGCUUUCCAACUGAAAACAAGCAGGCAGACUACUGCAGUGUUCAUUACUGGAAGAUGAACAGCAAGUACCCGAAAAACCAAGAAGGAAGCACUUCUGCAGUUAUGAAAAAUGACGGACAGCCCCCUACCCGUCGUGGGAGAAAGUAACGCAGGCUGAGCGUGUGCAUGUACGUCUGAGAGGAGCGUGUCCCUCCGUCCCCCUGCUCAGCGACUUUCAGCGCCAGAAGAGAGAAAGCAGAAGGCAGCCCCGGAGCACCCGCUCAUUGUACAUAUGAAAUCGGUGUUGGCGAUUUUUCCCGAAGGCUGCUUCUAACGCCCAAGCUAAAGGUCCUCAGUCUACGCAGCAAUGUGCAGUAAUCUAAACCUGAAUGUGUAAGACGCCGGAACAGAGGAUCCAUCUCAAUGGUUUCGUGCAGCUAAAAUUCUGUAUAAUGUCAAUAUUGCAAUUUAUGCAUCAUCAGGGUUGCCAACUCUCACACACCUGGCGUGACACUCGUUUUCAGACUCACUCACGCAAGAAAUCGGCAAAUCUAUUUUAUUGCAUUGGAAACAUCAAAUUGGCUACAUCAAAAGCGUCUUGCUACUUUGCAAAGCCUACAGACUAUUUACAAGCUAAUAAAAUUGGUACAUAGGUGUAAAUGCAUGUGCAGACUUGAACUGAAAAUCUCGAAUAGAAAAUCUCACGCCAGCCAGUUGACCAAAGUUGGCAACGCUGCAACAUGUGCCAUUCGUGAUGCGAAUUGACUGUGUUUUCAUAUAAGAUAUGAAUGUACACCGGUGUUGCUACGUGUUAAGAAAUGAAUAUUAUGCGAAGUUUAUCCCCCAGUCUAUUUUAUAACCGCUUACCCUGGUUGGUGUCGCGGGGGAGCAGGGAGUCGAUCUCAGGCUGGAACAAGAAUGAGCUUCUUGUGUUUGUGGCCAGCAGGGGGCACCCUGACCAAGGGGGGCCCACGCAAAAUCAUGGUUUGAGUGGUGAUAAACACCCUGGACGAGAUCGGUUGUGGAAAUAAUAAAUUAAUAUGUGUAAGUAGGCGGACCUUUAUUUAUUUAGAAAUGUUGCUAGUAAAACAAGUGUUUGACAGCGAUUCUGUAAAAUUCUAAAUAUGGUCGUCCUUGCGUCCUCUGUCUAUUUCCUCUUGCUGUAUAUUCGGCGACACCUCCGUUGUCGAUUCCAUCGCGCUAUAAUAACACUUCGCGGCUAAUAAAUGUGUCCCUGGUUGA